UUUAUUAUUUUGCACAAAGUCACACUGUUAAGAAAUUCCCUGUGCAGUCAAACCGCUGAUGUCUAUUUUGGCAUUUAGGUGAAAUUUAUUUUUACUCUUCAACUGCCGUAGUUAAAUGCGAGUUUCACAUGAGUUGUUCCUGGAGCUCUUGGCUUAGCUGAGUGUCAGUUCUAAGAAAAAGUUGAUGCUGACAAGAAGCUUAAAAAGUUUGUCAUCAGUAGCUGGAGUUUUAAGGGGAAACUCAGGGUGGAUGCCAAAAGUAGGCCACACCUCCAGAUUAUGGCCAAGAGUUGAUCCUCUAACUGCGUCAAUAUUGGAGACCCACUGUAGGAGAGCAGUUGCCCAAAGCUAGCUGUAGAAUCUAUUCCCAUUGUACGUCUAUUUCCAAGACGGGACAUGAUGGACUGAGUGGAAAAAAUUCUUAAGCUCCACAGUUUAUAAAGUUUCCCUCCUGCAACAUUUAAAGACAGACCUCCAAAGAGUCACAGCUCAAAAGAAGUGAAUCAAAGCUGAACUCAUGGAUUGGAAGUUUCUCCAGGGUCUUCUUAGUGGAGUCAACAAGUACUCCACUGCCUUCGGACGCAUCUGGCUAUCAGUGGUCUUCGUCUUCCGGGUGAUGGUCUUCGUGGUGGCUGCCGAGCGUGUCUGGAGCGACGACCAGGGACAAUUUGAUUGCAACACCCGCCAACCGGGUUGCACCAACUUGUGCUAUGAUUACUUCUUCCCCAUCUCCCACAUUCGCCUGUGGGCCCUCCAGCUCAUCUUCGUCACCUGCCCUUCAUUCAUGGUGGUGUUACACGUGGCCUACCGAGAGGAGCGGGAACGCAAGUACCAAGCCAAGCACGGUGAGAACUCACGGCUGUAUGACAACACGGGCCAAAAGCAUGGCGGCCUCUGGUGGACUUAUCUGAUAAGCCUGUUUAUCAAAACCACCUUCGAAAUCCUGUUCCUCUACUUCCUCCACUACAUCUAUGACAGCUUCAAGCUGCCCAGGAAGGUCCAGUGUGAUAUCAGUCCCUGUCCCAAUUUGGUGGACUGCUACAUUGCCCGGCCCACCGAGAAGACCGUUUUCACCUACUUCAUGGUGGGGGCUUCUGUCGUGUGUGUGGUGCUCAACGUCUGUGAGAUUUUCUAUCUUAUUGCGUCCCGGGUGGUGAAUCUCAAACAUCAAGGGAGCACCCACACUUCAUCUAGGAGGAUCCAUCCUGGCAUGAACUGUGGUGGCUGCAAGUCCUCUCUGACAUCCUAGCUGGAGACCACGUGUAGAGAAUCAAGAUGCCUUCUUAUGAUUCUGUUUGAUUAACUAUAGGGUGAUCUUUUUUUUUUUUCUCCAUUAUUAAAGUUCACCUUUUUUCAACUUUGACUUAACACAAUAGUCCAAUGCCUUUAUGUACAUUGAAAGAGUUGUUUGUCGCAGUAUUUGUUCCUCCUGCCCAUACUGGCCGUGUAGAGAUCCCUCCCUAAUGUGAUUCAAAUGUAAGAGAUGGAGGACAUCCACUUGCUUUGUCUAACUCAGACUGCUGAAGCCUCAGAUGAAAUGCAGAAUGCAUUUUUGCACAGAACAGGGAUUGUGGAUUUGUCCCACAUGUCUUCACUUUAGGAAAUAAUCUGUUAAUGGCCGUCAUGGACAGGAGGAAUAAUUCUAGCAACCAGUAACUCUUGCAUUGUACAUAAGGGAAUGUGUGUAUUGUUUUGGGAUGUGGAAAUGAUGAACCUAUCCCUUAAGGGAAUUUUAAUUUUCUAUGCCUUUUUCUAUAUAAAAGUAUCUAUUUUGACACCAACAUUCUAUGCUCAUUAAUGUUAUUAGUUAUUUUCCACAUGUGUAACAAAUAUUUCUGUACCAGAAGAGAGUUGAAUGAUACAUGAUGGACUGAGUGAUCAUUAAAUUAAAAGAGGAUGCUCAUAGAUUUGUGGCCGUUGUCAGCAUAACUAUGACCAAAACUGACAUUAUAGGUUGUUUUUUUUUUUUAAUUCCGUGAGAAAGAUGGUCAAAGCCCUGAGAAUAAAG